AUGAGCUCUAAAAAUUCAUCGAAAAAAGCCGCGAAAGCGAAGAUCCCUGAUAGAAAUCUAAGGGUAACCGACUUUUUUACCCGAAGACCAGCCCAAGCGUCGGGUUCGUCGGUUGUGUCGUCUCAGCCUAGUUCAGUCGCGUUGGCCACACGUUCGCGUCAAAGCCACGCUUCAAAAUCAUCAGCUGAGACAUCUGUGACAAUUUCUAACAAACAGACCAUGACUCCUAUUCUCUCUGCUUCGCACACGUCCACUUCUAGUGGUUCUGCUACUCUUCUCUCUCCGCCCCACACAGCAUCUAGAACUCGUUCUUCUGCUUGUCAAACACCGACAGGUCCUAUGGUAACGCCUCGUAUCACACGCAGCCAUGCAGCACGGAACACCCCUAGGAGGGUCUCUCAAAAGCGUCCUCGUUCCCCAGACCAGUCUCUUGGCGCCUCUCACCUCCUGAGCGCGUCUAAGGCCAAGUUGCCUCAUAAGCGCAAGAAGAAAUUCGAGAGCGACUCCGAGAGUGAACGUCCAAGCGGUGUCAUCUACGUCCAGAAUCCAAGCUCUCCUUUCAAACCAUCCGUACUAGCCCCUCCACUCACAGGGCCUCGCACCCCGUCAUCCAGUAAGCAUCUCAUAUACAGUAGCCAAUCUGACGAGAUGGAACUCGUCGUCCCUAUACUAGACACCCGCUCCCUCAGUCAAGUCAAUGAACAAGUCUACAAGUGGCGCCAAACCACUUUGGCAUCACCAUCCUCGUCUGUCAUUAAUGACAGUAGCCCCUGUGACUCAGGUGUAACGGAUGCAGGCCUACCAGCGCCCCACCACUUCCCACCACACCCCGCGUCUGAUAAAGCAGCCAAGGCUGCGCAGCUCAUUGCAAGUAUCAAAGCAAAAGCAUUUGCCGAAAGCCCCCUGAGCGACGAGGAGAAAAACUACAAGUUCCGCGAGCUCGAUGAGAGCAGCGAUGAUGACCUUGAAAACAUGUCUCUCCUUCCCGACAAGAAGGGCAAGGGCAAGAGCUCGCAUCUUCCAGUCCUGAAUGGUAUGGAUGGCAUAUUUGACUCGCCGCUAUCAAGUGUUUCAUCUUCGCCACCCAAACCCUCUACCUCCUACAAUCUCCGCAACCGCCGUUCUCCUUCUGCCUCCCCCACGUGCGCCCCUGUUGAUACCCACAGGAUGUCCCGAUCUCAAGUACAUACCCGCUCUGGCCGUACAAGCAAGCCUGCACCACCCCUACGCCUUCCCACCAUUGUCGUCACCAAGAAUGCACCUGGACCCUCAAAGCUCAAGAACUCCUUCAACCCGCUUGAAGCACUCCUUCGCGAGAAAAAGGCUGCGGAGAAACGCGGGAACGGGAGUGCCGCAUUCCUGCGUGCUGAGAACGCUUUACAAGCGCACAUCUCUUCGGAUGUGAAUCUGGAAGAUGAUUUGAACUUGGCAGAUGAGGGUGCCGCGUGGCAGGCGAUUCAAGAACACGCUCAACGCAAGUCGAGUAGCCCCAUGCUCGAACCACUGGAAGAUGAUGUGUUCAUGGGCGAGCGCGAGACUAAAAUUCUUGGUCGUGAGGCAGGCGAAAAGAUCGAAAAGAUCCUCGUCAGUGACAAGAACAGCAAGAGCAAAAAGCCGAAAGGAGAAGUUGUGGGCGUGCCGUUCUGGCAGGAGGGUGCGGAUGAUGAUGGGAUGGUUAUCGAUGAAGAAUAUAAUGUGAGCUUCGGGGGUGCCAGUAACCAUCCCGUAUUGGCACUUUUGCAGCACUUGGGUGAGAUCGGAGCCGCCGAUAAGCUGGCUUUGACUCUGUCUUCAGGAGUGCUCGGUGCUCUAGGUCCCGAGGAGAAAUAUAUUGUUGUCUCUCCUCUUUUUGCGCUGGCCAUCAGCCUUACUGAGUCCCGCCUCUCUGGAGCGGCAUAUAGUGCUCUGCGUGGUUUGUGGAGUGCAACAUCCUACAUAUCUAAAUCUGUGCUCCGCUUUACUGACAUCGCUACUGCACUCGUCAACCUUGGUGCAUGUCGUCAUGUGGCAGAAGACCUCCGCUGGACUAUCCGUGAGGAUGUACACCCGUUACAUAUUACCGCUGAAAAUCGUUCGCGUGUUUUGAGUAAGCUGGUAACGCUAGUGGGCAUUGCUGGUCGAACGGAAAACCUUGUGGCAGAAGAUAUCCCGGACGUGCUGUUGAGCCUCGUACUGAUUGGCCUCGACAGAACCACUUCGAACGAGUUGAGGGCCAAUUUACAUCUCGCCAUUGACAGCAUUUGCCGGACUAUCAAUACGUCAACUCACCUUUCCAUUCAUCAACGACUUCUCAGCCAUGCAUCUACACUUACGCCAGCCAAUAAAGCUUAUUUUGUUUCGUUCUUUAGUAGCGGCAGUGGCCGCACUCGUCACAUCGCACAAUGGCUAGCAUAUGCGCUGUUCCUUCCAAACAGUAUACCCUCUGAUGCACUCCCUCCACUCGAUCCGCUCAUCCUUCUGCUUUCACCUAUACCUGGCUCUGAUGAGCUCUUCGACGUGACAAGCGCAAACGCGGAUUUCGAGGACCUCGGGCAUUACUUCGCUAUCAUCAGUGUCGCGCUCGCAAACAUCGAGGCCUACGUCCAUGAAGAGCACUCGUCUUCCCAGUUGCUUUCUCGCCAAUCAUCGAUAGAUGAUAGCCCCCGGAAGAGUCAGAAGCCUCUUGCUCCCCUCGAAUUACUCCUGCGGGUGUUAGAGGUCACGCAGGGGCGUAUUGUCGACACGCGCGCGGCGCACCUGGAUCGCUCACGCACCAAGGCAGAGAUGCAUCGCCUCCAGAUGCGCGUGUAUUAUCAAACGCCAGGCGCUCAAGCCCCCCGCAGCGUGGACAAAGACGGCCACCAUCCAGCAUUACUUCGGCCCCAAGUAGCCCCCCUAAGUAUACCUAAGUCGCGCAUUUUGCAUGCCUCGCUUCUCUGUCAUGCGACUUCAUAUGGAAUGUUAACCUUAUUCUAUACGCAUCCACUUCGCUUUUGCAUAAUGCCCCUUUCCUCAUGUUUUCCUCAGAUGGUGCUUUCUUUUAACUGUAUGAGCUACCGACGAUGCUACUUCCCCGUCUCCCCACCUGCUGCAGUAACAUAUUGUGUCCAUUAUAGCAUGCCUAUUGUAGAUGAAUUUGCUGUCAACCAGCUUUAAAUCGUGUAUGCUACCUUUCGUAUUUGUAGCUUGCUCUUAAUGUUUUUUCGGUUUUUGUAUGACGUGUCAAUUACUCAAUUCUUUAUCGUAUGGGUAGUGAA